AUGGGCGAUCUCGGCCAUCCUCUCCCCCCCGUCAACUGCAGAAAACGAAAGGCCGAUGCUGAAGAGGAGUGUCAGCACCCAGCGAUCUCUCAGGAUGCACAUACACCAACCACCAGCGACGACAUCCUCGUAGGUGACAACAGCGUCGCCCACUACGCCCCACGCCAGCCACCCUCCAGCCCAUGGCUCUCGACGGACACCGCCCACGCUGUUUGGCCCUCAGAGUCCUCUCCAACCGACCCCUCUCCCUCCUCUCCCUUGUCCCCCUCGUCUCCCACCGCUGAUCCGUCCCUUCGAUCACCCAAACGUUCCCGGGUUGAUGCCUCACACCUUCCCUCUCCUCCGAAACGAAAUCUCCGUAUACCCGAAAGGCAGUCGCCGUCUCGGACUUCUUUCGUCCCUCCCAGUCCCACGCGUCGUUCGCGCAAAAGACCCGAACACCGUGGAGCCCUCAGUUCCCCGUCUCAGACAACCUCCCACCCAUUCACUCUCAGGAUUGACAGCUGCUUCCUUCCAACAGAUGCAUCCCAUUUGCUUGUUCACCCCCCAUACCCAAUCGAUCUAUCCUCCCCUCAUAUACCCUCCCUACAUCCUUUAAUCAACCGUCAGACUCUCAAGGAGUUAGACCUGAGUGCUAUCCUCCGCAAUCCUCAGCUUCGUCAUGAUCUCAUGUUCGACGCGGGCUUACAGUUCAGACCAACUUCAGGUCGAAGAAAACGUGACCUUUCAGACAGGUACUGGCGUGCCGUCGCUCAGGAACUCGAAACCGGCUGCACAUGCAUUUCCUUCGACUCGCAAGGCCGACCCUGUGACUGUCUUUGCGUUUGCCAAUCCGUUGCUGCAUCCAAGGAUCAUGUCCUCAUAUUCUCCCCUUCUUCCUGCGUUCUCACUCUUCGAACACCCUCCCGUAUUCGCCUUCUGCUGACGGAGUUCCUGGAAGUUCUUCUGUUCGUCAUUCAGCCUUUGACCGGCAUCUCAGAUGCAUAUGCCCACCCAUCAACGCUUCAGCCUCAGAUCGAGCGGCAUGCAGCACAGGCCGCCCACCUCAGAUCUGUCUUCGACCCAGAUCUCAUACAACAGGAGCUACAGCACGAUCUGUUUGACCCUUCCGGCCUCUUUGUUGUAAUCGGUCAGACCCUCAAAAGCCAUUGUGCCCCGAUGCGCGACCGUGCCGUUGAUGCCAUGGUCGAAGUGGCAAAGCAGUGUGCACCUGGUGGAGGGGGAACUAAGGCCGAUGCUGUAAAAGCUGUGCGCAUGUGCCUCGAGAUCCUUGAGCUUAUGAAACUGGUUAGUCCAGCACAGGCUUACGCUUCCCAUCAGGAUAUUGCGAACCAUCAGUUGCAGGCUCUGCGUCCGUGCCUUGUUGAUACUUCCGGGCAAUAUGAACUCAAGGCCUUCAAAGGCCGCAAGGGACAGGGCUCCUCUCUUGAUAUCACACGGAAAUGGAUGGAGUCGUCACAUCGUCGUCUCCUUGCCUCACCCAUCUUAUCUCAUCCGACCUUCCCAUCCGGGUCGUUCGAUUAUCGCAAUCUUACGCAAACCCAGAAAACGUACAUCAGCGUUCUUAAGGGCCUCACAGACCUCGUUUUCGACCCCCCUUCUCCAGUCCCAUCCCCACAAUGUUCUUCCGGAUCUGCCAUUGCUGCCCCUUCAGCCAUGUGUCCGUUACCUCUAUACCCUGAGACCACUUACCUGGAUAGUGCUCGCCUAUUGGUCCUGGCUGCGGACGCUACUGACACUGCUGCAAUGUACAUGUUCUUACUCCUGUACCGUCAGCUCGUCUUCUCCGAUGCCGGUGACUCAUCAGUACCCCGGGAUCACUCUCGAGUGAACGAUGCGGAGCUGCUCAAGUUGAAACGCGAGAUACGUGACAUAUCCUCCUCGCAUCUCGGGCACUUCCUCAAAUACGGCAACUCGGACGGUGCUUUUGGUAGUGGCGGCGGAGAUUGUCCAGCUGACGACAAGUGGUGUAAGAUUAAGCGGGACAUCGUGUUGCAAGUGGCGCUGCGGGCCAAGGAAUCCCGGGGCAAUGCAUCGAGCCAAUCGGCUACUUCGACUGUGGACACCCCUUCCGCUCCGCAUGCCUAUGCACCGGAUGAGCGGACGCUCAGACUUGCCGAGGGGUGGUCUGAUACUCACAUCCGACCAAACUCGCCUCUGAGUACCAUGCUCAAGAACAAGGUGCGCGACGCGGUGUUCAGCCAAGUGGUUGCAUUGGCAUUCCCUCCGAGCGAAGCAACAACACUGGGGUCGGCCACCCAGGGGGCGCCGCCGCUCUCGUCGUCGUCGUCGUCAUCGUCCAGUAGUUCUACUGGGCUCGCCUCCGGCAUGGAACCUCUCGCUGACGAAAUCCACUUGCUCGCAGAGCGGUUGGCACGGCUGGCACAGAUCCACCUCGGCGUUUAUCUGCGGCUAUACGAGCAAGAAGACAUUCUCUCUGGCACGCCCUCCACUACAACGACAAUACCCAUAGUGCCUGAUGAGUCGGAAGCUCCUUCCACUGUCCAGGCUUGCGCAGCAGCUCCGGCAUCAUUACCGACUUUCUCGUCUUCCUCUGUUCCGCAUUCUACUUCGUAA